AACUAAAUUAUUCAGUUGACAAAUCCCAAAAUCUCGCCUUUACACUUCACACUUCCCAUUUCUUCUUCUUGUAGCUAUUAAACUCGCUUUCGAUCGAUCGAUUUUGGCAUGUUUUCCGCUCUUUGAUUGAUAUUGAGAUUUCAUUGUUGCAAUUGUUUGAUCGACCUUUGAUAUGAAGUGGGUGUAAGUGGGAUUAUUAUGUGCAUUUUAGUUUAAAUGGUGUUCUAGAUAGCAUAGGAUCAGUUGAUUUGUGAAUUUUUUAUUAAGUUAAAGAUGACGGGAAGAAAAAAUAUGGGGCGCGUUUCGCCGUUCUUUUUGGUACUUUUGUCGCUCGGGUUUUUCUUUGCAACUUAUAAUUUGUUGACAUUGGCGGUUCAAUAUAAGAGCUCGAAAUCGAGAGAUGGUUCGGAGUUAUCUGAUACUGUCACGGGAAUGCCUAAUGAAGUAAAUAGGUUAGGGGAGUCAAGUUCGAGUUUUCAUGUUGCCCUUACGGCUACUGAUGCUCCUUAUAGUCAAUGGCAAUGCCGGAUAAUGUAUUACUGGUAUAAGAAAAUGAAAGAGAUGCCUGGAUCAGACAUGGGGAAGUUCACUCGAAUUCUGCAUUCCGGUAAAGCUGACAAUUUGAUGGAUGAAAUUCCGACCUUUGUUGUUGAUCCUCUUCCGGAGGGCCUAGAUCGGGGAUAUAUUGUCCUAAAUAGACCGUGGGCUUUUGUGCAAUGGCUGGAAAAAGCGACAAUUGAGGAAGAGUACAUUUUAAUGGCAGAGCCUGACCAUAUAUUUGCAAAUCCUUUGCCAAACUUGGCACAUGGAGGUCAUCCAGCAGCAUUUCCAUUUUUCUAUAUAAAACCAACUGAGCAUGAAAAGAUAGUUAGAAAAUUUUAUCCUGAGGAGAAGGGUCCCGUGAACAAUGUUGACCCAAUUGGCAAUUCUCCUGUUAUAAUAAAAAAGUCCCUGUUGGAGGACAUUGCACCUACAUGGGUAAAUAUUUCAUUGAGAAUGAAGGAUGAUCCGGAGACUGAUAAGGCAUUUGGUUGGGUACUAGAAAUGUAUGCAUAUGCAGUAGCAUCAGCAUUACAUGGUGUUCGGCAUACACUUCGUAAGGACUUUAUGCUUCAGCCACCAUGGGAUUUGGAAAUUGGGAAGAGGUUUAUCAUCCAUUACACAUACGGAUGUGACUAUAACUUGAAGGGAGAACUAACAUAUGGGAAAAUUGGAGAAUGGCGAUUUGACAAGAGAUCUUAUCUAAGUGGUCCUCCACCAAGGAAUCUACCCUUACCCCCACCAGGAGUCCCUGAAAGUGUGGCGAGACUCGUAAAGAUGGUAAAUGAAGCUACAGCUAACAUUCCAGGCUGGGAUUCAGUAAACAGUGGUUGAAAUCGAAGUCCGUUAAUAAGUUCAUCGAGCCUUUGGUUAGUGCGAUAACAUCCUCUCGAGCAGAUUCUUUUAUACUAUUUAUAGGUUAACAAAGAGUGUUAUAGAUAGAGAAAAAAAUGUUUUUACAACUUACAGGAGGGGAUUUUGGAAGUAACAUUUAACAUAAUUAUUGUGAAAGCCUCUAAAUUCUUUUGUACACUUACUGUCACAUCUGAAAUUAGAAUUUGAAAUUUACA